UGCGGACUUAGCGGCAUGGCGUCACGGAGCGUUGAUGCGCUCCGAAGAGAAUAGUAAACAUGAGUGAACAAAGGUUCAGGGACGGGCCUAUGCGCCAAGACGAAGGAGCAUCAAAUAUGUAUAUAUAUAUGGCCUUCGGUGCUCGAAUCGAAAUGAAGUUUACCAUCACAAUCCUCACACAACAACAGCAACUACAAUAGUAACAGCAACAAGCAACUCGAACCUCUCUUCCUCGAGACUUAUACACUUUCAACGCCUUUUACUCUAUAAACAGCAUUUCUUCACAUUCACACCAAAAUGGCCCCUCUUGUCUUCCUCGUCACUGGAUCCACAUCUGGCAUUGGUGCUGCUCUGGUAGACCACAUUCUCUCUCGUGGAGACAAAGUCAUUGCAACUGGCAGAAAGGUCGAGGAGCGACUUGGUCAUCUCAAGUCCAAAUCCGACAACAUUGCCCUCUUGGAGCUCGAGGUCACUGCUCCUAUUGAAGAGAUCAAGACCAAGAUUGCGACGGCAUGGAACAUCUUUGGCCACAUUGAUGUCUUAAUGAACAAUGCUGGUAUGUCAGCCAUGACGACCAUCGAAGACGCGAGCGAUGCAUAUGUGCAAAACAUGUUCAAUGUCAACCUCUUUGGACCAGUUCACUUGACCCAGGCCAUCCUACCCUUCUUCCGUGCUCAGGGCAAGGGCUGCGUCGCAUUUACUUCUUCCAGCUCAAGCUGGAUGGCUCUCCCGACAAUGUCCCAUUAUUCGAUGGCAAAGGCAGGUCUCAGUUCCUUUGCAGAAGGCCUUCACAAGGAAGUCAUUGGCCUGGGCAUUCGAAGUGUCGCAUUUGACUGCGGUGGCUUCAUUACCAACCUCAUGCAGCCUCGAGAAGGUGCUCACGCCAGCCCCCCUGGUGCUGAACCUACCGACGCAUACAAGCCUCUGCUUGGAAGCGUUAUCGGCAUGUUUUCUAACGACCCCAUGGGUCUCAUGCCAGGAUCCCCCGCUAGAGCCGCUUCUACUAUGAUUGACGUGAUUAAGGGAGAAGGAGUUGCGGCUGGCCGGCCAUGGGCUUCUCGAGUCAUUUUAGGCUCGGAUGCACUUGACAGCGCCAGAAAUCGACGGGAAGACGAACUUAAGCUGCUCAAGGCCUGGGAGCCUGUCAGUGCGAGCACUGAUGAACGAAAGUACACGCCUAGAGAUGAUUUCCGAAAGUUCACCGUGGUUACUGGUUCAGAGCAGCUCUAA